CAACAAUCUCACAUUCGACACCUCACCUCACGUACAGUCACGUUGCAAGCAUCAGAAACAAUCAGAGACUUUUGCUAGUCAAAGCCCCAAGAAAUCCACAAAGUCCAAACUCCGACGUUGUUCCCAUAACAAGUCAUGGCAGACGACGAAGGAGCAUCUCCCAAAGAACUCCUCCUAGAAUCCUGCCGUCGUAACAACACCACCUUACUUUCAGAAGUAUUGGCCGGCAGUCCCUUCAACUCAAAAGCCACCGCAAUCGCCAACUUUCUCAACUCCACCACCGACGCGCUAGGCUCCAGCGCAUUGCACGUCGCAGCACAAUAUGGCUCUUACGAAGUCCUCGACAUGAUUUUAGAUCAAGAAGGCGUAGAGAUCGAUGGCCAAGAGAAGCGCGAGGGAGACACAUGUCUGCACAAAGCGGUGCGGUACACGAACAACUUACCACAAAACGAAUGGGAGCAUGGCAAAGCGGUUGUGGAUAUUCUGGUAGACGCGGGUUGUGAUCCUCGGAUACGGAAUAAGGCGAAAUUGAGACCUAUUGAUCUUGUGGAUCCCCGCAAUACCGAGUUACGGAGCGUGUUGCAGAAAGCCGAGCUGAUGCUCAUGGCAAGCGAUGACGUGGUCGUUGAAGAUGACGAGGAUGGACCUGAUGGUCCUGGAAGUGAGAGCGACUGAUAGGGCACGCAUGAAUCGAAGAAGCAUUUUUUCUGCAUAGCAUCGACGUUUUAUGGAGAUGUGGUAGAGCAGGCCUCACAUGACGAGACUCGAUCCACCAGUGGGAAGAGAUCUGGUCGCGCGCAUGACAGCUUGUGUGCCCUCGUGGGUUAUAUCAUGCUUUUCCACCCCGAUUAAACAUUAAAACAACCACAAUGGCAAGAUGGCGGCUUCAAUGCUUGAGACUCUGGAAUGGCCCGAUGAUCGAGCAGGACUACACACACUCAGUGUGCUCUUAUGCGAAGCUUGCUUCAUUAGUCGGAGGUCAGCGAGAGUUCUGGGCUUGAAAUGGACGAUUGAAAUGAGAGCGAGUCGGAGGUGAGGACGAGUUUUGCGUCCUGCAGGGACAUCAGGUUUAAACAAACUAUACAACACAUUACAGAUUC